GUACGGCUCACGGGCGGAACCUCCGUCCCUCAGCCCGAGUUCCAGUCGGACGGCAUUAUCGGUGACGGACUAGCAGAUGACAUAUUGGUAAACAGACUGAGAGUGAAGCUGCACACAGGACUCUGUGUGAUGACAUCACCGCCACCUGAUGUGGAUGUGAAAAGAACAUGAACCUCGCUGCUGAUCACUAAUUUUGGCAAACCACGUCCUCCUGCAUUGAUUUCUCCCCCCCUGACACUUUCACAGAGGGCAGAGUUAUGUGACUGCCCUUUGUAGCCAAAAGCUUGUGUAUCUAGCUAAGUAGUGCAGCAUGCCACCCAAAUCAGUGCCAUUUGGAGAGUUUCUGGCUGCUGCCAGCCCUUCUGUUUAGUGUGUUAAGCUCUGGCAUAAGGCCCCAACAGCUUUCCCCCGGAGCUAGUAGACGACGAGAGACAUCCCAUUAAAAAGGAAGAUUGUAACCCUGGAUGAAGGCCCUGUCUAGAGGGGACGAGCCUCAGACAGCAGAUCGGUCUGUUUGUGGAGCCUGCAGGCCGCUUGAUUCUUCUUCAUCGCUGCCUAACUUCAGAUGAUCAGCCAGACCAAGAAACACACCUGUCUUUUGCUUCCACUGAAUGUCCGAGUGAUUUUUGUAGACUGAGAAGGGGAGGCAUCCCACUGAGCUUUACUGUCCCCACACAUAAAAUACAUUUAUCUCUAUUUGUCCAGCUUUUUUAAAAAUAAUAAUUUUACCAGAGGGCAGAGGAGAACUGGAUGUUGCUGUCUGGACUUUUGUGCUCCUCCUGGUAGACCAUUUAGUAGUGAGAUUUCAAGCUCAGGGGAAGUCCUGGCCCAGCCAUGGACGGUCUUGAGGGGCUUGACAUUGUCGGGGACAUCAGCCCCGCCUUGGAGGCCACCGAAGACUUCAUCCACUGCCUGGAUGGGAUACCAGGCCAAGGCGAGAGCCAGAGCCAGACUCGGGAGCUGCAACCCUCCAGACAGCCCAAGCAGCUCCAGGAGGUGUCUAGUGCGGCCCUGGGGAAGUUGAGCUCCAGUGGGGUGUGGGGCCUGCUGGCAGGGGAGCAGCAUGAGGUGGGGCCCUUAGGCCUAGCCUGGGCUGAUCAUCAGCCACCCUCAGCCUUCAGCGUCCUGGGACUGGGCAUGGGCUUGAGGCACGGCAAGCGAAGCCGUGCACGCUCCACCAACGACCUGGCAGCCCACAGCAAAGACUGUAGUAAUAACACCGUCACCUCCUCGUCCAACUCAGCCUUCAAGAAGGGACACAACCGGUCCAGGUCGGAUGUCAACUACCGGCCAUCUGCCUACACCGACAACGGACUGCCCGCUGUGGACUGCAACACGCUGAAGAACAUGGUCCUCAACCACCAGCGAGAAGCUGAUAAAGGCAGCAGCAGUGGCAGCGUGGUAAAGCAGGGCGAGAUGGAGCAGCGGGAGGGGCCCCGGGGCCGCUGGACCCCCUGCCACGUCGAGCUGACGCCCUGUGAGCUCCGCCUGUACACCCUGGACAGCAGCGCCAACCGCCAGCUUGGCACCGCCUAUUCUCUGUCCCACUGCCAGAGCGUCGCCUCACCAGCCCCGAGCACCCAGCCCGGCCAGAGCACCCAGUCCCAGCCCGCUGACCCACGCACGCUCCAGGCCUUGUUCUUCAACAGCACCCGUCUCCAGCUGAGAGCGGCCAGCCAGUGGGAGGCCAUGGAGUGGAAACGGCUGAUGUGGGAAAGGGUGCUAGCAGCCAAGCCUGUGAGGCAGCAGCAGCAGCAACAACAACAUAAAACUGGAGUGGAAAAUCCACAGGUCGCAAAGUUUCCCACACCCAUGUCCCCCUCCUCGUCACCCUCCCCCUCUGGUCUUGACACCAGGCCGGAUGGUGACAGCGACACCCCCACCCCGGCAGAGGCUACUUCCUCCCUCCUCCCGCCUCCUGCAGUCCUGACCAGGCCCACCGCCCUGCCCUUGUUCACCCAGCGCUACCAAGACGUUCUCAAAGCCGGCCUCCUGUACCAGCUGACAGACCAGAACAACUGGCGGGCCUUCACCUUCGUCCUGACCAGAUCUGCUCUCCAGGCCUUCCCUACCGAGGGCCGUGGGCCGGUAUCUGAACCUGUCCUCAAGUACCCCCUGUCCUCCUGUUUGGCCGUGCAGCGCGACCAAGAGUCUGAGAAUGGCGACCCGUGGACGGGGCCCGCUGCUGACCUCGGGGACCGUUUCCAGGCCGUCUUCCCCAAAGAGGUGCUUAAGCUUCGUGCAGAGAGUCAGGUCAAGGCCCAGGACUGGGUGGAGGCCCUGCGGGAGGCGGUUGAGGCCCAGAAGCCUGCCCAGGAGGAGGGAGGAGAGUCUGGUGAAGGACCUCCAAGCCUCCAGGGGGUGCUUUUGAGAUCGAGACCGGCCAGGGAGAGGAGACAGCGAGAGGCCCAAAGAGCCAAGCGCCAGUCAGUCACCACCAGUUUCCUCAGUAUCCUCACCUGUCUGGCUGUGGAGAAGGGGCUCACUGCCCAGAGCUUCAGGUGUGCAGGUUGCCAGCGUCCGGUUGGCCUUUCCCGGGGCAAGGCCAAGGUCUGCUGUUACAGCGGCUGGUACUACUGCCAGAGCUGCCAUCAAGACAACUCCUUCCUCAUCCCAGCACGCCUGCUGCACAACUGGGACACAAGCAAGCACAAGGUGUCUAAGCAGGCCAAGGAGUUCUUGGAGUUUGUGUAUGAGGAACCCCUGCUCGAUGUACAGCAGCUCAACCCUUGUCUCUAUGAGCACUGCGAGCCGCUCAGCGCUGUGCUGCGCCUCCGCCAGCAGCUCCAGUCCCUGCGAGCCUACCUGUUCAGCUGCCGAGCCACUGUCGCCGAGGACCUCCGAAGAAGGAUCUUCCCCAGGGAGUACCUGUUACAGCACAUCCACCUCUACUCCAUGGCUGACCUGCAGCAGGUGAUCGACGGUAAGCUCGCUCCCUUCCUGUCCAAGGUGAUAAAGUUUGCCAGCUCCCAUGUUUUCAGCUGCAGUUUGUGCCGAGAGAAAGGCUUCAUAUGUGAGCUCUGCCAGAACGGACAGGUCAUCUACCCCUUCCAGGAGAGCGCCACCAAGAGGUGUGACGGCUGCGGGGCGGUAUUCCACACAGAGUGUCGACAGAAGGCCCAGCCCUGCCCGCGCUGCGUCCGCCGAGAGCUCCACAGUAAGAGGCCGUCGUCCUUCUGGUCGCCCGAUGACGACAGCCCCGGGUGCUAUCACGUGCCCUACCAAGACACCUGAGACACAAACACACACCCCCAUAGAGACACACACACAUGGACAAUGAGCAACAAAAAAAGGCACAGGCUGGCCGUGAUGUUGGACAAAGCGCUUGUUCUCUCAAGUGUGUCUCCAAAACAGAUUCUGUCAGUUUUCCUUAGGAGCACAAGCUCAGCGUGUUUGAUGCAACAUUAUGUAUCGCUGUUUGUGAGUGUGUGUGUGCGCGAGCGUGUGUGUGUGUACAUAUAAAUGCACAUACGUCAGCUGAGCUUUCUCUAUUCUACUGUAGGGGAACCAGCGGAAGAACUGCUUUGCUUCAACUACACCUGGCUUUAUAGACUCUAUCCUACUACUGACAUACAUACACCUAUGCUUUGUAGUGAAACAUAUGCUCUCUCUCUCUCACACACACACACACACACACACACACACACACACACACACACACACACACACACAUCUGCAGACUGGACCUGGUGACCCUGAUGGAUCAGAGGGGAGAGGAGUUGCUGUUGCCAUAGCCAGAGUCUGUUGCAUGACGUUGAUGUCGUUCCCAUUCCUACCGUACCUCACCUGUCUGUCACCUGUCUCUCAGCUCCAAGCCAACAUACACUAGCCCUCCUGAUAUUCUACGAAUUACUUAGUCCAAUUAUCACUGUUGAUAUAUGGGGGGAUAUCCAGAUCGAUACUUUAGAAACUACCAUCUUCUAAACAGUGCUUCCCAUCGUUGCCCAGAGAGAUUUGCAGUCAUCAUGGGCAUGUUUUACCAACAUGGUGUAGGCACUGACGAUGAGACGAGCGGUGUGAACAAGAGAAAGCAUAGAAAGCUCUCUCCAUCUCUUAAUCAGUCCUUACUUCUGUCUUUUCCCUCUCCCUCUUUCCCUGCCUUCCCCCUUUUCUGCUCACUUUACAUUUUUGCACUAUUAAGCAGUUAAAAGGAUGUCAAACCACAGACUGGGGUGUUUAACCCCUGAAUGUGGAAUGAAAGAAGUAUUUUUAUUUAACCCACUGGACUCACCUAUCUAUUUCAUUAGUGCCCCUUUAAUGUAAAUUUAAAAAGCUUUUUAAAUGGAUUUGAAUUUUAAAUGGGACUUUGUGUGUGAGUGUGUGUGUGUGUGUGUGUGUGUGUGUGGAUGUGAGUGUGUUUGCGUGUGCAUGCAUGUGUGUUUGUGUGCACAUUUGUGCGUCUUUGUAACCUGCUGUUUUUUUGUUUUUUUCCCCCCAUUACUUGAACUGUAUAAUAACACGGGCAAUAAUCUAACUUAUUCUUUCAUUGUUGCCUUUCUCGCCUCUCCUCCUCUCCUCUGUGAAUCUAUUUUCUGCUCUGCUGUAUUUCAUGCAAAAUCUGAAAAAAAAAAGAUAGCAGCUUUAGCUUUUAGUAUCUUCCCUAUGCAACCUAGAUGGCCUUUAUAAUCCAAUGCUUUCCUGUGUAGACGUCUGCAUCCCUGUUUGUCACUCUCUAUCUAAACUCUGUCUUACAGGCUGUCUCCAUCCAACUGUAGGGAACUUUAAGCAAAGUUUAGUUGCGAAGAAGAAAUGUGAGCUAGAUGUGUUUCCAUCAGCUGGGUUGAAGUGAACAAAUGGAGAAAAAAACAUCCUGAAUGUAACAAAAAAAAAAAAAAAACAUCAGACAAAUGGUGUCAUUAAAGGGAAAGUUUACCUAUUUUGAAAAAUGUGAUAUUAUUUCACUCCCUGCCAUGCUGUUCUGUAGGACAGUAGUGGUGCUAUCUUCCUCUCAUUGUUACUGAGUGCUGGAUACUGGCUGGAUGCUCCAAACGCUAACUGUUAGCCUCCUGCCAUUGAGGUGGACUUCCCCCCAGCUUCCCCAAGAUCACCACUACUGUGCUAUUUAACAAGCGAGGGGCAGAGGUGAAAUUAUGGAAGUAUUUUUCAAAAUGGGUGAAUUAUCCAUUAUCCAAGAAUUUGAUGGCAUUGGACAAGUUGUUAUUGUCCUUUUCAAACUGUUGGGCAUAUAUGAUGAUGACACCUGAAGCCGGGCUCAGACGUCAGGAGUCUUGGGCUGAUUUGACCCCCGCUCACCCCUGCUGAAAAUGAAAAUUUGAGGAGAAAGCCAGUCUAGGUUGGUACCGAUGUUUGGCCCGGAUUAUCAGGUAAUGUGGGGGGAUUACUGAUCCAGUCUUAAACCUCCCGUUUGCUUGCAGGCUCAUCCGGGGCCACCCAUCUGUGUAGUUUCUUGUAACGUGCGUUAUGCAACCUGGGUAGUAUUUUAAACCUCCUGUAGUCGGGGCCCGGCUCGAUAGGCGCAAGAACAGAUUCGCCAGACAGCUCAGGAUGUCUAAAGCCACUUUUGAAUGGAACUGAUGAAUGAAACUGAACCAGUGUCAUGCCUUCAUCAUCAGGUAUUUGACUAAUACGUUUCCAGUUUAUCACAGUAUUUAACAUUAUUUCUUCACCAACCACUUUUCCACUUGCAGAAAGCAUGAAAAUGAAGUAAUCUAGCAUAACACUUUUUUCAAAAGUUAUUUCCAAUGUGGUCCUCUUUCUCACAUUCAUCGGGGCAUUUGAUCAAGCUUGGGCAUUUCCAUUCAUCUUUUCAAACUGAUAAUAAUUUGCAAAUAACUCAACUUGGAUGGAAACCCAGCUACUGUUGCAGUGCUGCUAAUCUUUCCGCCUUUCUCUGAAAGUGGUACGGCUCGGUGCAGCCGAACAAACCCCACUCUGUUAAAUCUCUGCUAAAACAAUCCUAGUAUCUAGACUUACAUUCAUCUCAUUUUAUCUAAUGUACUGUAGCCAUAAACAUGUAUGUUUAGUCUUGAAGGGAAUUAAUGUGAAUAAGCUACUGUAAUCAGCACUUGACUGAGAAGCCCGUGGGUAUAUUUUGAUAUAUUUUUGUGAAGCGCAGAGGUCAGGUGUGACAGUUGUUCAUGUUUAUGAAGCAUGUGCUCUACUGUAGACUGAAACUGAGAAUUCAGCCCUUUUCAUUCAAAAGCUGGUGAUGGCUUCAAGAAGGGAUAGCUCUGCCGUGUUGCUUGUAAAGCAGGUUUUUGUUUGUUUUUUGAAGUCAAUUCUAACCAUAGCCAUGUCGCAUUAUCGUUAAAGUAAUUUGAAAUACAUCAGUUGUACUUGACUGAUUGUGCCUGCUGCGUAAUGAAAUGGUCAACUUCACCAUCUGGCACUCAACAGGAGAAAACGCUCAAACGAACCAAAAGUAUUUUGAACCUGACGCAGGGCUGAUCGACAAAGGAUCGGCUUGAUUUUGUGUCUGAUUGUUCAAAAGCAGCUCAGCGGUUUAUUGUCACGGCAUGUUUUUGUACUUGUUUUCGCUGUGAAUGUUUUUUGUUCAGGAUUUUUGCUGUUUUUUGUCAUUUUUUUUGCCUAUAUGUAGCAAUGACUUGCAGGCUUUACGUUGGAGUGUCAGAGUGUGCCUGUUUGCUUAAAGAAAUGAUCAUUACUUGCUGUUUGGAUGUCAGUGUUCACCUGCCUUAAGUGGAGGGUUAGCCGUGCAGCUUUUUUUUUUUUUUCCUCUCACUCCCCCAUACCUCUGAGCCUUAUGUAAUCCUCGACGUGGAAGUUUAAUUAUGUCGAUGAAGUGUGAAAAAUGAAAUUCUGUUACUGUGCUUAGUUUACAAGGUUUGUUUCCUAAUGAGCUCGCCGUGUUUCAGGGAACGCUAAGAAGAAGGGAAUACACGACCAGGUGGCCUGGUCCUCACCUCAUGAUCUGCUAUGUUUUCAGUCCACUCAGGCACUGAAAUGAUUCAUUCUCCAGUUCAAAUUUUAACCUUUUGAAACAUGAGCAAAUUCACUUGAUUUCUUGGAGAACAUGGAAAAAGAGCAAUGAGCAGAUGACCAGAAAAAAAAAUUUGUAAAAAAAAAUCACAAAAAAUAUCAGAUUACCAGAAAAUGAGGGAAACAACAAAUAAAUCAAUUAAUUUAAAAUGACAAGAAAAAAAGACUGUAUACUUACUAUAAUUAUACAUUUUAAGUUACAUUCCAACAAAAUUACCAGAUUUGUUUGUACUGAAAAAUUUGAAAGAAAUUGCCAAAAAAAAUCUCACAAAAAAGACAAGAACUCAAGUGAAUAUUGUACAGAGGGUUAAUUAAAGCCAUCCCACAGGCUGCCGGGAUUCAAAGGGUUAAUGCCAUCAGAAGAGUAAGGCUGAGGGUUUUCCAGUCUGAGAAAUUAUCCAAAAAACAAACAAAGCAGAAGCACAUGGGUGGAGUAAAACUGGAUGAAUUGCUGGGAAAAUAUUGGAAGUGGUGGAGAAUGGGGCUGAACAAUUAUUGGACAGAUUAUUGAAAUCACAGUGAGGCCAGGUGGGAUCUCUAAAUCACAGGAGCUGCAGUUUGGUGAUAAUGGUAAAAUGUGUUACAAAACAUUAUUGUAAAUAAAGUUUUGCAGGGCUACGGAGAUGCCAGGAUGGCAUGAAAAUUGCAUUUUCACCAUCAUCAUUUUAACAGUUUUGUCAGUGAAAAUGCAAAUUAGACUGCAACAAGGAUCAUUCCUAUUACGUUCAUGAAUCAUAUCAUAGUCACAAAAUCUGUAAAAUUAAUCGCAAUGAUUUUUUUAAUUUUUUUUUUAAAGAUAUUGUUCAGCCCUCGUGGAGCCGCCACAUUGAGGGGUUUCCCGGUCAAUUCUCCGCUCCUGUAGCACCAAAACCGAGUGUUUAUCCCACAGUAUUUAUGAUGGCUAACUGGACUCAAAUGCUUCUGUCUACUUCUGGGUUUGUCUGUUAAAUUGCUUUGAUUGGUUGUCCACUUUUUUUUUUUUGUUAUCAUUGUUCCUUUUGACCACAGCCAAAUCCUUAUGCAAGUACAGGGACUUGAUUUCUGAUGACCUGACUUUCCUCCCGUCUGGUUUUGUUCAAAUGUGUCUGCUAUAGCCACUGAUGCCAAUAAAACAAACGUCUUAAUAUCCAA